AUGUCGAAUAGUCCAAAACCGUCCAUCACAGAUAAUAAUACAUUUGGUGUAGAAUGCGCUUCAUUUGAUAGUAUUCGUACUGACUUGAGUAUUGGAAGUAAAGACGUUAUUGUUGCCGAACAAUGGCUUGUACUUGGACGAAUAGGUGAAGGUUCCUUUGGUGAAGUAUUCGAAGCUGAGGAUAUUGAUACAGGAAGAAAGUAUGCCAUUAAAAGAGAACCAUUAAAGAUGCGUCACCCUCAAAUCAAACAUGAAAGCAUCAUUUAUGACGUGCUUGCUGGUGGCCCCGGUAUUCCACAAUGUCACUGGCAUGGUCAACACGAUGAAUUCGAUUGUAUUGUGAUUGACUUACUCGGCCCUAAUUUAAACCAACUUAAAGAAGUUACUACAAAGCUCCCAGUGGAUGUUGUCAUUGACUUUGGCUGUCAAAUGGUUACUAUAAUAGAACAUAUACAUAAAAGAGGACUUGUCUAUCGAGAUGUAAAGCCUGACAACUUUUUGUUCCCUGCACAAUGUAUAUUACCUGAACCAGAAAUGAUCGAAAGCACCGACGAUCAAGGCACAUCACUAAUCAAAUAUCGAUAUCCAACUUGUGAUGAAAUCUUUCAAAAAUGGAAUAUGUCUCGACCCAAAUUACACAUUGUUGACUUUGGAUUAACAACUUGGUAUAAGGAUCCAGUCACAAACAAAAUCUAUCCGGAAUCAAAAAAAAAUUACAAAAAUAAGACGGGUACAGCUCGAUAUGCUUCACUGAAUGUACAUCGUGGCAAGUCACACGCACGACGUGACGAUAUAGAGAGUAUUGGCUAUCUCAUUUUGGACCUUGUCUUUGGUACCCUGCCGUGGGCUGGUAUUCAGGCACGAAAUUCUCGUGCAGGAUGGGAUAAAAUGAAGCAGAUCAAACAGGAUACAUUCAUGAGUGACCUCUGUGCUGGUUUGCCUGAAGGCUUUCUUAAAUUCAUAGAAUAUGCUCAAAAUAUCAAGUUUGCUGAAGAACCCAAUUAUGAGCUCCUUCGACAAUUUUUACAAGGAUCAUUGCCUGGUGGAAAGUACUCAGAUAUCGUUCGAUCACCCUUUGGAGGCCACACAGAACAAAAAUGGCUCAUGAAUGUCGAAAAGGAUCCAGCGCUCACUGGUCAGGGGCGACCUGCUAAUCCAAAUCGAUACCAGGAAUUUGUACGAGCAUCUCCUCAACAGCCUCGCCGCAGGAAGCAGUCUUAUGGUUACCACGAGAAUAAUGAUGAAGGUCUGUUCCACAUGGAUGAUUUGGCGAAUGCUAUUAAUGACUUGAAAUCACCAUCACGGAAGAGACAGAGUAUUACUCACAGGCGGACUAGCAAGGACUCUGGUAAGCUGGUCGAAACUGGACCAUCCUCUUUCCAAAAGCUUGUGGCGAAAACUAGGAGAAAGCAGAGACCGGUCGGUUGGAACUCACAUAGACAUGAGAAUGAGCCAUGGAAUCCGGUAACAGAUUGGGAGGCAACUUCUGACAAGAAUAACAAAAAAGAAUCUUCAUGGGGAGAAGAUAAUCUAAAGGCUACUUGGGGUAAUAAAGAAGGCACUUGGGGCAGUGAUAAUAGAGAAGAGAACACCUGGGCAGCUUCAGUACAAAAACCAUGGGAACAGUAA